AAUAGAAUUAAGUAACGGAUAAAUUUUAUACCUAUAUAGUAAAACUCAAUAUUAAUUUUAUUUAGCGACGAAUUAUAAAAAAAAUAUACAUAAGCUAUUAGCAGUUUGACAACAGAUUGGCGAUAACGUUUGUAGCUAAUUUUAAAUUUUUGAUAGUGAUGAGAAAUAUUUUUAAAAGGAGAAAGUAGAAAUGUAUACUUCAAUGAUGAAAAAUCGUCAAAAUCUGUGGGCUCGAUUUUUUUUUUUUUCCAGUAAUAAAUGAUGCACCUUCCUAUUUCCCUCCAACCUCUACUCUGCUUGCUAGCUUUUCAUGUUAAUUUUCAGAAAUUAAUCCAUUCAAGAAACUGAUCAAUUCAACAAAAAAUUAUGAAGUUUCCUUUUGCAUUUAUUAAUUGUUUCAAUUCUUCAUCUGAUACUUUGGAAACUAACAACCAAAUUAUCCCAUAUGAAACAGGUGGAGAAAGAAUCCAGAAGUUCUCAGUUUUCUCUUACAAAGAAUUGAAGGCAGCAACUGAUGGAUUCAGAGCAUCAAGUAGAAUUGGAGAGGGAGGAUUUGGUUCUGUUUAUAAG